GCUGAAAAGACGCGGCGGAAGGAGAAGCGGAAUGGGCCACAUUUGAGGGGAGGGGAGGCAGGGGGCUUAACCACGGAGGGUUCCCACGAAACGUCGUGUAUUUAUUUGCGUGUGUGUAUGUGUGUGCGAGAGUGAAUAUUUGCGGUAGAGUUCAGUGAACCGUCGCGUAGAGACGUUUCCGCCCACAGUAAAGAUGGCGGCUCCCUGGCUGGAGAAUCUAUCGGAGUCUCUGGGUUCUCCGGAGCCUGCCGUUCGGCUUAUAUUUUCCAUUUUAAUCGGGUAUCCCUUCGCUCUGGUGUACCGAAGUUUCUUGUUCCACCAGCCGCCCACCAUUAUCCACCUGUUCCACACUUUCUCUGGGCUGGCUCUGGCAACGUUCAACUUUGCAGGUUCCCAGAUUUAUCACUCGGCAGUAUGCAUCCUUGUCCAGUUCCUGAUGCUGAGGCUGAUGGGAAGGACGGUCACAGCUGUCUUGAGCAGCUUCAGCUUUCAGAUGUUAUACCUGCUGGCAGGCUACUACUACACGGCGACAGAGGAGUAUGACAUCAAGUGGACGAUGCCUCACUGUGUCCUCACACUCAAACUUAUUGGUUUGGCAUUUGAUUACUAUGACGGCGGGAGAGAACCAGCGGAGCUGAGUUCACAGCAGAAGAGCGCUGCCCUGCCGUCCGUGCUCUCGUUGCUGGAGGUCUGCGGCUUCUCUUACUUCUAUGGGGGGUUCCUGGUGGGCCCUCAGUUCACGCUGCGCAGCUACCAGAGGCUGGUUGCAGGGGAGCUCAGCGACUGCCCUGGAAAGCCUCCAAACAGCGUUGCACCGGCUCUGAAGAGGUUUUCUCUAGGUUUUCUUUUCCUGAUUAUAUUUGCUAUAUUCAGCCCUCAUUACCAAGAGAGCUACUACCUGACAGAUGAAUACGACGCUCAGCCGUUCUGGUAUCGCUGUGUCUUUAUUCUGAUCUGGGCUAAAAUCAUAUUAUAUAAAUAUGUCUGCUGCUGGCUCAUAGCUGAGGGCGUAUGCAUCUUGACGGGGCUCGGAUACAACGGCAUGAAAGAUGGCAAGCCCCAGUGGGACGCCUGUGCCAAUAUGAAGGUGUGGCUCUUCGAGACCACGCCGCUCUUCGGGGGAACCAUCGCCUCUUUUAACAUUAACACCAACGCCUGGGCCGCCAGGCACGUGUUCAAGCGGUUGAAGUUCUUGGGCAACAAGAUGCUAUCCCAUGUGUCCACUUUGUUCUUUCUGACCAUAUGGCACGGUCUCCACUCGGGAUACAUCCUAUGCUUCUCCAUGGAGUUCUUCAUCAUCACUGUAGAGAGACAAGCUCAGGCGUUGGUGCAGGACAGUCCAAUGCUGUCAAAGUUGGCAAACAGCUCCCUCUACCCACUCAUAUACGUCAUCCAGCAGUUCAUCCACUGGCUCUUCAUGGGUUACGCACUGGUGCCCUUCUGCAUCUUCAGCUACGAUAAAUGGCUGAAGGUGUACACAUCGGUCUACUUCUGCGGUCACGUCUUCUUCCUUGUAGCCUUUUUAAUCAUGCCACACCUGCGAAAGGCACUGGUUCCCAGGAAGGAGCGCAGCCAGCACAAGCAGGAUUAAAGUCGGGUCCGUCUGAGACUACUGUCGACAGAAGGGAACUGUGGCAAAAAGGAGCAGAAAGGAAAAUAUUUUAAGGCCUUUAGUGUAUAUAAUAUAUAAAUAUUUGUUCACGUGGAAAUAAAUCUAUAUUUUUGUGUUUUUUUUUAAAAAAAAAAGAAUAAUAAUAAGGGUGUUUUUAUAAACAUUUUUGGAAAAAUGUUUACAGGAAAAUGACCAUUGUGCCACACGGGCCAGUUGAGUGCCCAUCAGCGGGCAAUUUCCUGUUUGUUUUUAUUCUCUGAGAGACACAGUUUGCACUCAGCAGGUUCACAACCAGUCUAUUGCCCCCCUUUUCCCUAUUAUGUGUUUUUUUUUUUGUUGUUUGGCAUUUUAAUUUCUAUAUCUCCAAACAAUUUUUAGCAGCAGUAGAUCUUCACCGGGAGGUGUUAAUGCACUUUCGGAAUGUAACAACAACAACACGCUGCUCGCAUAGAAAACAACAACUGUUGAAAGAGGGGGUUGGUGGGGGGUGAUUUAUGACAAUGGCUAAAACGAGCAGUGUCAUAACCACACACACACAUACACACACAGUAUAACACAACACGACCCGACUCAACAUGGCCUUGUGUACAUGAAUGUUUCUAUUUGUCUGACCUGUGAUCGGCAUUGUGAUGAAAAAGACUUGAUUUUAUACAUUUUUCCAAUUUUUUGUAGUUUGGAAUAAGAAACAAUAUUUGUGGCAGUGCGGUCCACCUUCCCUCUUUCGGGGGUUUUGUUAUUUUGUUUAGUCACUGCCACUCCCUCGAACUUCCUUUUUGCUAUGAAAUGCACAGCAAGUGUCACUACAACAAAGAACUGUAACCAUAUUUUUUUACAUGUCCUGAUAUUUUCCACAUGACUAACCAUUUAUGAAACAAAUGAUAAAUGACGGCGGUCAUGUUUUUUUUCAACCAACCUUGCUCAAAUGUUAUAUACGCGAUUCUCAGUCCCCGAAAGGAGCAAGGCAAUGCCCUGUGUGAGAAAUUUCAAGUCCGAUUAAUGAAUGGGGUCAAAUAACAGUGCCACCAUGUGGUUUAUUUAGCCGAUGCAGCAAAUUAAGGGGUGCAUCUGUUCAGGAGAGUUAAACCAAAACAUAAAUUCAUUCAUUCAUUUUCUACCGCUUUUGCCUCACGAGGGUCGCGGGGGGUGCUGGAGCCUAUCCCAGCUGUCUUCGGGCGAGAGGCGGGGUACACUCUGGACUGGUCGCCAGCCAAUCACAGGGCACAUAUAGACAAACAACCAUUCACACUCAAAUUUAUACCUAUGGACAAUUUGGAGUCGCCAAUUAACCUAGCAUGUUUUUGGAAUGUGGGCAGAAACCGGAGUACCCGGAGAACAUGCAAACUCUACACAGAGAUGGCCGAGUCUGGAAUUGAACCCUGGUCUCUUAGCUGUGAGGUCUGUGCGUUAACCACUCAUCCGCCGUGCCGCCCAACAUAAAUACAGUCAUGUGGAAAAAAAAUGAGGAUACGGCAUUAUUAUUAUUAAGUAACAAAAAUGGCAUCAUUGUAUGUGCUUCAUGUCAUCUCAGUUUGCUGGAUUGCUUGUAGCAAAUGCUCUGAUUAUUAUUUUUUGCAAAGCUAUGGUGACUGAGAUUGAUGACCUGUUAUUUUUGCCUUACCAAAUGUACCAAAAUAUAUAUUAAAAAAAAGUGUAAUGGCGGGGUAUGAUUAAAAAAAAAUAUUUCUAAUGUUCAUUAAAAAAUGCUGCGUUUCA